AUGGGGAAGUAGAAAGUGUCCGUUUUAGAUCAGCGGUAAGUUGUAGGAAAGACAGUUAUAUCUCACAGUAUUAUGGGACAAUGAUUAUUUGAUUUUACAUUAUAAAAUAAUUAAGAUAGUGCAGCAUAGAAUUGUGUAUCAUCAGAUAGUGCAGCAUAGAAUUUGUGCAUCAUCAGUCAACAACCCUGCGAAUUCCGAUGAACUUUUACCUUUUAACACUAAAAAAUAUUAUUCUUUUUUAGAAAAAUGUGUCCCAGGUAGAAAAGAAAUUGAAAAAAUAAGUCUAAAUAUAUGAACAACCAAACAAUGAAGUAAAUAUUGCUUGGAAUUUGAAGCCAGUUCUUCAGUUAUUUAAACUGUUUUCUGUGCGCUAGCUGAUGUGCACUGGUAUGACACCAUUUAGCGCAAAGAAUAUUUUAUUUCUUAAAUAAAUAAUAAAUUGUUUUAUAAUAACCAACUUUACCUUGUGUACAAUUUCUUCUUGAUGACUAUUGGUAAGUCUGUUAUGAUGAUAAUAUUUUAUUUAAACAAAGCAGUACAAAAGAGCUUGGUGUAAAUAAAACAGACAUAAGUGGAAUUAAAGAGCCCAUGACAGCCACACCAUUGUUAUUGUUUUCUAUAAAUACUGGAAGAUAAAUAAUGUGAUAAGAUCUCAAAAUAAUCCUCUGAAUCACAUUUUUUAAAAUUCAUUUACUAAAUUAAUAGAAAAUAUCUCUAAAAUUAAAAAAUCAAUAAUGGGAUGGAAAUGGUUGCCUUCUCAAACUUGGUAUUUUGCCUUUUUUUAAACUAUACUGUAUAAAGUUUAUUUACUACCAUAUGUAAAUUAUUUUUUUCACUAUUAUUUGCAAAACAAAUGUUUUAUCAUUUCAAUUCAAAUGCAUAUAGUAUUUUCAUCACAUGCUACAUGAUUUCAAAUUGAUUCCCGUAGUACUGCUGUACCUUGAUACAGGGCUCAAUUUUCUACAGUACUAUACACUAACUACAUCCCUCACUAUUUGCUGUGUAAUGACUUGCGCAAAUAAUAUUUUAAAGCACUCUCUGUCUGGUUUUCAAACAGUAAUUAGAGAAAGUGUAUCUUUAAUUAUUAAUCAAGUCAUGAAUUAUAUCAUUUAAGUGUUUUUGUUCAGAAUUCAAACUGAAAUAAUUUCAAUAAUUACAUACCCUUCCUUGUUGUAAAAGUCUAAGUUACUGUACAUUGAUAACAUUAGUUAUUGUUUUUCUUUCCUGUUUGUCCCAGAUUAACUUUUAGUUGGCAUAAUAUUAUCAAUAGGUUGUUUUGUUUGAAUGUCUAGAGGAUCUUUUCAAUGUAUUGGAUCUUUUCUUGAUGCUUUUAAUAAUUAAUCAGCCAAAUAGCUGGCCUUGUUCCUAGCAACCAAACAGAAUAGACAGCAUGUCAACAGCUAUACUUACAUCAGUGAUUGAAGGGUUUUUGACAGACGAAGAUGGAAAGCACCAAAGCAACCUCAGAUAUUCCUGAAAAGGGAACAGUGGAUUUUCUUAUUCAGAGCUCAAAAAAUUUAAAUUCUUUAGAUUUAAGUUUUCAGAACUUGAGCAAUUUUCCAACAGGUUUGCUUGAACUAACUCAGCUUGAGUAUUUGUAUCUAAAAGGAUCUCAGAUAUCUGCUCUUCCUGAGGAAUUCUUCAGGAAACUCAUAAACUUGGUAUGGCUUGACUUGAGAGACAAUCAACUAGAAAACUUGCCCAAUUCCAUUGGUGAGCAUGGCAGACUUAAGACUCUUCUCCUUCAAGGAAACAAGCUGAAAAUUUUGCCAUUAGAACUUGGGUUAUUAAACUCUCUCAGCGCCAUCAGUCUUUCUGGGAACCCUAUUGAGGAUCCCCCAGAGGAUGUGAUCAAGGAAGGAGUGACAAACAUCCAGGUCUUUCUUCUGAAGAAACUUGGUUUCCAAGAAGUCGAGGUCAAGGGAGAUAACGAAUCCAUAGAUUCAGACUCAGAUUUUGAGGAGUGUAUUCCCUUAAGAGAUGCUAAAAAGAGAAAUAAGACACCCUUAAAAAACAGAUGUAGAACUCCAAAUAAUGAAGACAAAGAUGUUGGAUUUCGGGCUACAGCUGGCGCUGAUCCUGAGACACUGCCCCCUAGGGCAAGUGUGUCGUCGCCAGUGGAGUUCAGACCACUGCUGCCACCGGCUGCCUCUACCCAUCCAGCAAUAUAUGGGUCAUGGCUUGGGGGAAACCCUAACUUCUACAUCCACAAACCCUGGAAGACUGGAACAUUCUUAACUAGGACUAAAGUGAAUGGGAAAUCACAAAAUAUUCAUUCUGCCUAAAAGAGGAAUUUAUGGAUGAUUAGGGGUGUGGUUUUGUGAGAUGUGAAAGGGGGUAAACAUUUUGAAUAUCAAUAAUUUAUUGACAUAGACAAUACUGCCUACUCUAAAAAGCUCUAUAUCUUGAACUUUAAUAUCUUCAACUUUGUCAUCAGGAAUUCAAAUAGUAUUAGUCCUCAGUGUAAACUAAAUAAGUCUGCAUUCAUCAGCUUAACAUCCAAUUAAAAUGACCUAACCAUAAA